UCUUUACCUGCUGCCACUUCAUUCGCACAUUGAAGAACUUUCCAGAAGUUCAAUAAUAUGAAGCUAAGAUCAUUAGUCAACGGAUUUGACAUUGCGAAGAUAAUCCGUUCAGUUUCUGCAUAAACAGAAAGAUGAAUCCAAAUUAGCAGAACUAUCGAUUUUUUUCUGAUGAUUUUGUGUUUACUGUGAGAAAAACGGAUUUCAUAUUAUGUUGCGAAGAAAAUCGAUUCAGUUUCUGCUUAAAGAGAUACUAGAUGAAUCCAAAUUAGCAGAAUUUUCAAUUUUCUCUGAUGAUUUUGUGUUUACUGUAACGGAUACAGUAAGAUUCUAAGAAGAUAGAUUCAGUUCAGAAAUGAAUCAAAAUUAGCUCAACUUUCAAGUUUUUUCCUCGUGAUUUGUGUUUAUUGUUGCUUUUGGAAGAAGAGCAACGGACACAGUGAGAUUCGUAGAAAACCGAUUCAGUUUCUGCAUAAACACAAAGAAAUCAAUCCAAAUUAGCUUAACUUUCGAAUUUUCCUGAUGAUUUUGUAAGAAGAGUAACGGAUACAGUGAGAUUCGAAGAAUAUCAAUUCGAUUUCUGCAAAAACAGAGAAAUCAAUCCAAAUUAGCUAUACUUCUCGGAUUUUCCAGAUGAUUUUGUGUUUACUGUGGGAAGAAGAGUAACAGACACAGUGAGAUUUGAAGAAAAUCAAUUCAGUUUCUGCAAAAACAGAGAAAUCAAUCCAAAAUAGCAAUAUUUUCAAGUUUAGUGAGAUCGAUCUGUGAGUUUUUGAAUAGUGCCUUUGUGAAGAUGUGGAUGAGGAGAGAAUUAGUAGAGGAAGAUGAGAGGAAUGGAAGAGAUUCACCAAGAGAGUAUAAAAUGGAGGAUUUGAGAAAAGAUAGUUUGAAAUCGUUGAGAACUGGUAACAGUCGAUUAACGAUGAUGGAGAACGACUCCAGUAGUAGUUACUCCAGGUUUAGCAGGGAAAACGUCCUAAGAGGCAUCAAUGGCCUCAGAGGCAUCUCGCAAAGUUUCGUCAUUUGUCCCGAUGACAGGUGGUAUAAGCUAUGGGAGAAGUUUAUCCUGAUUUGGGCGAUAUAUUCAUCUUUUUUUACACCAAUGGAGUUUGCAUUCUUCAAGGGAUUGCCGAGGAACCUCUUUCUCUUGGACAUUUGUGGUCAAAUAGCUUUUCUUGUCGACAUAGUCUUGCAAUUUUUUGUAGCCUACAGAGAUAGCCAGACUUACAAGAUCGUGCAUAAACGAACACCUAUUGCUCUUCGGUACUUGAAAUCUCAUUUUAUCGUGGAUCUUCUCAGUUGCAUGCCGUGGGAUAACAUUUAUAAGGCUGCUGGCAAAAGUGAGGGAGUGAGAUACCUUUUAUGGAUUAGGUUGAGCAGGGUGCGUAAAGUUACUAACUUUUUCACGAAGAUGGAGAAAGAUAUUCAGAUCAAUUAUCUCUUUACUAGGAUUUUAAAACUUAUCGCUGUUGAACUCUAUUGCACGCAUACGGCAGCUUGCAUCUUUUACUUUUUGGCUACUACUCUGCCUCCAGAGAAAGAAGGCUACACAUGGAUUGGGAGUUUGACCCUAGGAGACUACAGUUAUUCAGACUUUAGACAUAUUGAUCUCUGGAGGCGGUACAUCACUUCUCUGUAUUUUGCCAUCGUCACUAUGGCAACUGUGGGUUAUGGUGACAUACAUGCAGUCAAUCUGAGGGAAAUGAUAUUCGUAAUGGUUUAUGUCUCCUUUGACAUGAUUCUUGGUGCUUAUUUGAUUGGUAACAUGACAGCACUGAUUGUCAAGGGAUCAAAAACUGUGCGAUACAGGGAUAAAAUGACAGAUCUUAUGAACUAUAUGAACAGAAAUAGACUCGGAAGGGAUAUUCGUAAUCAAAUUAAAGAUCACUUGCGAUUACAAUAUGAAAGCACUUACACUGAUGGAGCCAUUCUCCAGGAGCUUCCCAUCUCAAUUCGUGCCAAGAUAUCCCAGACGUUAUAUCAGUCUUGCAUUGAAAAUAUUCCUCUUUUCAGGGACUGCUCCUCAGAAUUCAUAAGUCAAAUUGUAACUCGAGUGCAUGAAGAAUUUUUCCUUCCAGGAGAAGUGAUCAUGGAACAGGGGCAUGCAGUGGACCAACUUUAUUUUGUCUGUCAUGGUGUCCUGGAGGAAAUUGGUAUAGGGGAAGAUGGGUCAGAAGAGAAAGUAGCACUUCUUGAGCCUAAUAGCUCGUUCGGAGAAAUAUCCAUUCUUUGCAACAUUCCACAACCAUAUACUGUUCGUGUUUGUGAACUAUGCAGACUCAUACGGAUUGAUAAGCAGUCGUUUUCAAAUAUUUUGGAGAUCUACUUUCAUGAUGGGAGAAGAAUCUUGACUAACUUACUAGAGGGAAAGGAUUCUGAUCUUCGUGUAAAAGAACUGGAGUUAGAUAUAACAUUCCACAUUGGGAAACAAGAGGCUGAGCUUGCUUUGAAAGUGAAUAGUGCAGCUUAUCACGGGGAUUUGCACCAGCUGAAGAGUCUGAUUCGAGCUGGAGCCGAUCCCAACAAGAAAGAUUAUGAUGGAAGAUCACCUCUGCAUCUUGCAGCAUCCAGAGGAUAUGAAGACAUCUCUUUUUUCCUUAUCCAAGAAGGUGUCGAUCUCAAUGCUUCAGACAACUUUGGCAACACACCGCUCCUUGAAGCUAUCAAGAAUGGACAUGAUCGUGUUGCUUCAUUACUUGUUAAGAAAGGUGCUAUGUUGGAGAUUGAAAAUGCUGGUAGCUUCUUGUGUACGUUGGUUACAAAAGGGGAUUCAGAUCUACUACGAAGGCUGUUGUCUAAUGGUAUUGAUCCGAACUCCAAAGACUAUGAUUACCGGACACCACUCCAUGUAGCGGCUUCUCAAGGAUUAUUUGCGAUGGCGAGAUUACUUCUAGGAGCUGGUGCUUCAGUUUUCUCAAAAGACAGAUGGGGAAAUACUCCAGUUGAUGAAGCUAGACUGAGUGGAAACAAUCAAUUGAUCAAGGUUCUGGAAGAAGCAAAAUCAGCUCAAAUAUCGGAAUUCCCCAGUGUUUCACACGACAUCUCAGAAAAAAUGCAUCCGCGGAAGUGUACUGUAUUCCCUUUCCACCCAUGGGAGUCAAAGGAUGUCAGGAAACAUGGUGUUGUACUGUGGGUACCUACGAGUAUGGAAGAGCUCGUUGCUGCAGCUACAGAACAACUCAAGUUCCCAUCUGGCUCUUGUAUUUUAUCAGAAGAUGCAGUGCUGAAAGGUACAUCUCAUUCAGCUCAGGCCCUCUGUCCAUCUUUCGCCCUACGACCCACUUGACCUUAUCGAACCCGAUGCUCUCUAUAAGGGGAGCAUAGACUUGCUCAAAUUCCUCACCAACACAGAAGAAAUGGUCAAGCCAGAACAGCCCACCAGGCCGAAGCACUCUAUAGAUGUCGAAAAACAAGAAGUGGAGUAGUGUUGUUGGUAUCCAGUUACUCAGCACAUGCAUUGAGUGCACUAUAUCCAGUGUGUUGUCAAAGAAAGGAAGUCUCUGUGAAAUGCUUAUGUACAAAGGUACGACUCCUCUUGAUGCUAUAAAUGUAUUGAAAGGGCCAUUGAGAUUCAUUGAAGUUGUUAAUAUUGUUAUGUUCCUUUCUCUCAUUCUUACAGCAAACGUAGCUACACCGCCUCCGAUAUCAAGCCCUAUUCUGAUUGUACCAGGCUUCUUCACCGCUAGUACUUCAUCAAUAGAGAAGUCUAGGCCAGCUCCCUUUGUCGACGACCAACGGUUUUUCUCUCUGCCAUUGAGAUCAAAGCAGUCUUUGCAAUCAUCAAAUCCUUUCUGAGUUUUCAUCCUGAUGAUAAGACAUUCAUAGCUUUUGCAUGUAUAUGCUGUCCAAACUACAGAUGAAUCCGAUGGUGUAGUCCAUAAACUCUCAGGAAGAGGGUAAGGCUCAACAUAUUCCUGCUGAGAAGCAGGACGACAUCUGCGGCGAGGGAGAGGCUCACAACCUGUAAAGAAAAAAGAAACAAGAGAUUUUGAGGAGCGAAUUUCGUAAUUCCUUUUCCUACUUACACAACUAUAGGGAUUAUACAUACAGUCAGACUUCUCUAUAACAGUCAUCCUCUAUAACAACAUUUCACUAUAACGAUCAAGUUUUCUUUGGAA